GGCAGGGAAGAUGCUGAGGAGGGGACUCAGAGUCUUCUGCAGAAGCUCUUUAGGACAAGAUCUCUGGUCCCCAGGCCUCCUACCUGGUGAAGAGGGGAAGAGGUAUAGAGGUUACAUUACCUUCUGCAUUAUUCAGCACUGCUGUCUCUCUUCAUGUGUCUGCCUCAUCUGGAGUGUCUCUGACUUCGUUUGUGUCUUCAUUGCAGGACUCUUAUCGUUAGUGGGCGAUGACAUCCCAGGUUCAAUAAAGCAGCAGCAGGAGCCUGAGCUACCCUCCCAAAGCACCACCGGAUUCCAGGCACUUCAGGCAGAGGUGAAACCACAGAUCCACAUCUUGGAGACCUUGACCCUAAAACACCGGCAAAGCCUGAUGGAGGCCCUCCUGGGGCUUCUGGGCCAGGCCAAAGCCCUACAAGAGCUGGAGGACACGAUGAACCGAGCGUUGGACCUUGAGGAGCCAGUGACCCCAGGAUUUCUAGGGGGCCCUGGGGAUGCCAUCCUAGCCAAGCUGCAGGAUGCUUCAGGCAAACUCAACCCUUCCUGGGCAGGGAGCAUUCUCUACCUGUUGGGAGCACUCCACGAGCUGAGUGAGGAGCAACAGCAACUGCUGUCAAUGUCUGUGGAAAAGAAGAUUCUCUCCCAACAGCUGCAGCUGAUGAAGACCAUCCUGGAUGAGAAUUUCCUUCGAACUGAGGCAGGACCAUUUCCUCUCCAUUGUGAGCUCCUCCAGAGCCUUCAAGGAGAGGAGCUGAUUGUGACGCAAGCCCUGAUAGGUCUCUGUGGCCUUGACCUACAGGGUAAUGGUCCCCUCUUUGCCUGGGACCCUCAUUCUCUGCCUCUCCUCUGUGCCCUAUAUGCUGCCCUCUCUGUUUUUCAAGCACUAUCUAGAACCUCUUGGUUUAGCAGCCCCUUCACUAAAGUCCUUAACACCCUGAACUUCUCAAGGAGGGAAAAGCAAAGUGGAAUUUAGGGGCUAACCUUGGCGGUGGGUAUAGAAAAGAUAAAUUGGGGCUUGUGGAGCAACUGGGGGAAAGAGUGAACUACCAUCCUUUUGUUUUCCCCUUCUUUUCUCCCUUUUUUCUUUGCUUUUUGUGAGAAGAAAUAACAAUGUGAAAACAGAAAUUGUCAAAAACAGAAGGAAAGAACGUGCCCUUGUGUGGUUUUUGCAUCAGUGUCUUUUAAUGCAUCUCGGAAACAGCAGAAUGGGAAAUGGUCACGAAAGAGUUCCCAGAUUUUCUUUUUUUUCCUACGAGUUUUCCCAUCAUACUGUACCCCAAAACCCCUCUGGGUUGGACACUGGCCAUUCAGUGCAAAGUCUCAGUCCUGAACUGCCACCAGAGAGGGACAUGCAAAGGCCAAGCAUGGUUCCCAGGAGCCUGGGGCUGAGAAAAUGAACCAGUCCUUCCAGGAGCUUCCCAGCUGCCUCCCUACCUCUGAAGAGCACCAGUUCAAAGUGUCUCAAGCCCAUGGCUCUGAGACUUUCAGGGGCAAAAAGAUCCCUCUCACCCAGUGUUAGGGGCCAUCAGACCAUGACGCCUUGACAGAGUCAUGUGUGGUAAAUGGUGAGACCACAGAGUGUUUUGUUCUUUGAUGAGACGUGACUGCCCACUCUGUCCUCCUUGCGUGACCUCUUUCAUCAAUACCCCUUACCUAUGAAUUGGCAUGAUUAUUAUUCCCCAAGUCUUAAAAGAAAUAAUGCAAGAUUAAAACUUCUUUGAAAAUCUAAACAGAUAAUUGUGGGCACAAAAGGAAGUCAUGUCUUAAUGAAUGUUUGAUUUCUUUUUUUUUAGUCAUAACAAAAAGGAGCUUUUCAUGAGGCUAUUAAAGUAUUAAGGAGAUGGAAGCAACCUAACCCUAACUGUAAAAGCCUGUGAAUCAAGUACAGUUAGGGGCAAAGUGGACAAAGUAACAGAAAUAGUCAAGAAUUGACCUUCCUGAGUUCAAAUCUUACUUCAUAUAUUUACUAGAUUGUGACCCUUGAAAAGUCACAUAACCCUGCCCACCUCAGUUGCCUCAUCUGUCAAAUGAACUGGAGAAGGAAAUGGCCGGCCAUUCCAGUAUCUUAAGCAAGAAAACCCCAAAUGGGGAUCACAAAGAGGAGGACACAACUGAAAAUGACUGAACAACAAUUUGGGAUUUAUUUUGAUUUCAGAUAUUUGUUCCAAAAGGACUUUGGUUUGUUCUUUUGUGGGUGGAGGGGUUUCUGGACGACAUAAGUGAGAGGG